GAAGAGGGUGCAGCCUCUGCGCCGGCCCCCGCCAGCUCCGUUCACCUGCAGUCGUACGCGUUCAACCAGGAGACCACUCCUGCUUUGUCUGCGGGACGACGGCGGGCUUCCGGGUCUACUCCGUGUCCCCGGUGGGCGAGGUCCACCGGCGCGAGAACACGGCCGCCUUCCAGCACAGGUCAGUGGUGCUCGCUGCAAUGCUGUUCAAGACGAACAUCUUCGCGAUGGUCACUCUGUCGGAGGACGACCCGACAAACGGGGGCUUGACCAAGGUCCAGAUCUGGGACGACCAGAAGGGCCGGUUCGUCGGCGAGCUGCGGUCCAGGUACGAAGUGAAAGGCGUGGCGCUGAGACGCGACAUCAUCGCUAUGGUCUGCGAGUACUCGAUCUACGUCUACACCUGCGACAAGCUCCGGGUGAUCCUGCACCUGACGACCAAGGACAACAACAGAGGCCUGUGCGUCCUCGCGGCCGCGAGCAGCCCCUGGACCGAUUCUUUGCUGCCCGGGCCAGCUGCUGGGCGAGGUCAGGGUGCAGGUCGGCCAGGAGACGACACCGCCACGCACACCUUCGUCGCGCACCAGACCGCGCUCGCCGCUCUGGCGAUCACUGCUUCGGGGCACAUGGUGGCGACGGCCUCGGAGACUGGCACCGUCGUGAAGGUGUUCUCGACGAAGGAGGGCCAGCUGCUCUACAGGCUGCGGCGCAGCGUGACGCGGCCCGCGGCGAUCUCGUGCCUGACCUUCAGGCCCGACGACCGCUUCCUGGCCGUGGCCACCUCGUCCGCCACGGUCCACAUAUUCUGGCUGGAUCCCGCGGCGGCGAUGUCCAGCAAAGAGGGAGACGCCGCCGGAGACGCGUCGCCGUCGCCCGCGCUGGGCCCGGCGCCGGACCCGCCGUUCCCGCCGGAGGGGGUGAGCGCUCCCAUCGAGCAGCUGGCCUCGCAGGUACAGAAGGCCGUGGGCAGAGUCUCUUCUGCGGCGGCCGCCGAGACCGUCGGUGACAUAGUGCGCCUGACGUCCGAGCAGCUGGUGCCCAAGGUCUUCAAAGACACCCGCAGCUUCGCGCAGUUCCGGCUGCCUGACGUUGACUCCAACGGGCAGCCAGCCGUCGAUGCUAGAAGUAAGCAGUCGCGCAUCCUGGGGCCUCACGUCGCGUUCCACGCCACGGAGCCACGACUGUUCGUGCUGCACUACAACGGGGUGCUGUACGAGUGCAGCUUCCGGCCCGACCACGACGUCAACGUCAGCGGCGUGCAGGACCGAGUUGGGCUUGGCCAGCGCCACGACCUGGUUCGCGGUGCGGGCGGACUUCAGACUGCAGGGACCCUGCUCGCAGGUGGUCACCGUCGCUGGCGGGGCCCAGGAGGACGACGAGGAGGCCGAGGAGAGUGGCAGCUGCUCUGA